UCACGAUUUUGCCCGCUUCCUGUGGAAGCUCUCUGGUGCAGCACUUGGGCUUUUCAGUGAUCUUGGUAGGUCGUGUUAACCUGCUGGUGGGGACUGUGCCGUAUGGUAGUGUCCUGUGGCACAUUGCCAGCCUCUGAGCUAUCACACUGGAAUACACCACAGCGAAUGUCAUCUCCGUGGGUUCUGGCUAAGGGCAACUAUGGAGAAAGUGGAAUGGAGGCUUUCAAAGAUAUGUCAGCCAAGGAAGGGAUUUGCAUCGCCCACUCCUACAAAAUCUACAGUAAUGCAGGGGAGCAGAGUUUCGAUAAGCUGCUGAAGAAGCUCACAAGCCAUUUGCCUAAGGCCCGUGUGGUGGCUUGCUUCUGUGAGGGCAUGACGGUGAGAGGUCUGCUGAUGGCUAUGAGGCGUCUGGGACUCGCAGGAGAGUUUCUGCUUCUGGGCAGUGAUGGCUGGGCUGACAGAUACGAUGUGACAGAUGGAUAUCAGCGAGAAGCUGUUGGUGGGAUCACAAUCAAGCUACAAUCACCUGAUGUCAAGUGGUUUGAUGAUUAUUACCUGAAGCUCCGACCAGAAACAAACCUCCGAAACCCCUGGUUUCAAGAAUUUUGGCAACACCGUUUCCAGUGCCGUCUGGAAGGUUUUGCACAGGAGAACAGCAAAUACAACAAGACUUGCAAUAGCUCUCUGACGCUAAGAACACAUCAUGUUCAAGACUCCAAAAUGGGAUUUGUGAUCAAUGCAAUCUAUUCGAUGGCCUAUGGACUCCACAACAUGCAGAUGUCCCUCUGUCCAGGCUAUGCAGGACUCUGCGAUGCAAUGAAGCCAAUUGAUGGACGGAAACUUUUGGAUUCCCUGAUGAAAACCAAUUUUACUGGGGUUUCUGGAGAUAUGAUCUUGUUCGAUGAGAAUGGAGAUUCUCCAGGAAGGUAUGAAAUAAUGAAUUUCAAGGAAAUGGGAAAAGAUUAUUUUGAUUACAUCAAUGUUGGAAGUUGGGACAAUGGAGAAUUAAAAAUGGAUGAUGAUGAAGUAUGGUCCAAGAAAAAUAGCAUCAUCAGAUCUGUGUGCAGCGAACCAUGUGAGAAAGGCCAGAUAAAGGUGAUCCGGAAGGGCGAAGUCAGCUGUUGUUGGACCUGUACACCUUGUAAAGAGAAUGAGUAUGUUUUUGAUGAGUACACCUGCAAGGCAUGCCAACUGGGGUCUUGGCCCACUGAUGACCUGACAGGUUGUGAUUUGAUACCAGUACAGUAUCUUCGCUGGGGAGACCCUGAGCCCAUUGCAGCUGUGGUAUUUGCCUGCCUUGGCCUGCUAGCCACCCUGUUUGUUACUGCGAUCUUCAUAAUUUACCGUGAUACACCAGUGGUUAAGUCAUCCAGCAGGGAGCUCUGCUACAUUAUCCUUGCUGGCAUCUGCCUGGGCUACUUAUGUACUUUCUGCCUCAUUGCAAAGCCCAAACAGAUUUACUGCUACCUUCAGAGAAUUGGCAUUGGUCUCUCUCCAGCCAUGAGUUAUUCAGCCCUUGUAACCAAGACCAACCGUAUUGCAAGGAUCCUGGCCGGCAGCAAGAAGAAGAUCUGCACCAAAAAGCCCAGAUUCAUGAGUGCCUGUGCCCAACUAGUGAUUGCUUUCAUUCUCAUAUGCAUCCAGUUGGGCAUCAUAGUUGCCCUCUUUAUCAUGGAGCCUCCUGAUAUCAUGCACGACUACCCAAGUAUUCGUGAAGUCUACCUGAUUUGUAACACUACCAACCUAGGAGUUGUCACUCCACUUGGAUACAAUGGAUUGUUGAUACUGAGCUGUACCUUCUACGCGUUCAAAACCAGAAAUGUCCCAGCUAACUUUAAUGAGGCCAAGUAUAUUGCCUUCACAAUGUACACUACCUGCAUCAUAUGGCUGGCAUUUGUGCCAAUCUACUUUGGCAGCAACUACAAAAUAAUCACCAUGUGUUUUUCUGUCAGCCUGAGUGCUACAGUGGCCUUAGGCUGCAUGUUUGUGCCAAAAGUGUACAUCAUUCUGGCCAAACCAGAGAGAAACGUGCGCAGCGCCUUCACCACUUCCACUGUGGUACGCAUGCAUGUAGGGGAUGGCAAGUCAUCCUCUGCAGCUAGCAGAUCCAGCAGCCUGGUCAACCUCUGGAAGAGGAGGGGCUCCUCUGGGGAAACCCUAAGGUAAAAAUUGUGGGGGCAUGGUGG